AUGUCUCAGCUAAGUAUAAGCAGUGGAAAACGUGGAAGAGGUGUAGCAAGUACCUCAGCAGCAGCUGUAUCGGCUUCCAGUAGUUCCACAGACUUGGCUAGUCUUUUUGAAUGUCCUGUCUGCUUUGAAUAUGUAUUACCACCCAUUUUACAAUGCCAAAGUGGGCAUUUAGUUUGCAGCAACUGCAGACCAAAAUUGAGUUGCUGUCCUACUUGCAGAGGUCCAUUAGGUAAUAUACGCAACCUAGCAAUGGAAAAAGUUGCUAGUAAUGUGAUGUUUCCCUGCAAAUAUUCGACGAGUGGUUGCACAGUAUCAAUGGUCCACAUAGAAAAACCAGAUCACGAAGAUGCCUGUGAAUUCCGUCCCUAUAGUUGCCCUUGUCCUGGCGCAUCAUGUAAAUGGCAAGGAUCUCUUGAGGAAGUUAUGCCUCACCUCGUUAUGAGUCAUAAAAGUAUUACAACACUUCAAGGAGAAGACAUUGUCUUUUUAGCAACUGAUAUCAAUCUACCGGGUGCUGUUGAUUGGGUAAUGAUGCAAUCAUGUUUUGGCCACCACUUUAUGCUUGUUUUGGAAAAACAAGAAAAGUACGAUGGCCAUCAACAAUUUUUUGCUAUUGCUCAACUAAUUGGAUCACGAAAACAGGCGGAGAACUUUUCAUACAGAUUGGAGUUGAAUGGCAACCGUCGACGACUAACAUGGGAAGCAAUGCCGAGAUCAAUUCACGAAGGUGUUUCUUGUGCGAUUCUUGCAUCUGAUUGUCUUGUUUUUGACACAUCAAUUGCACGACGCUUUGCUGAUAAUGGUAAUUUAGCAAUUAAUGUCACAAUAUCAAUGGUAUAAAAAAUUUUAUUAAAAUUAACUACGAGUAAUUUCUUAAAAAAGAACAUUUCAGAAUUUUCAUUUAUAUUUUAUUUCAAAAAAAUUAAUGUAAGGUCAUUACUAAAUCUAAAAUAUUCAUUGAAAAAUACUCAUUAUGCUGUGAAAGUAUAAACAAUUUUACAAAAUCAUUUUUCAUUCUGAUUUAUCGAAUUUAUCAAUAAAUGAAACAUAUGAUAAAUUUUUUAUCCCUAUAAAUAAUGGAACAAUUGAGUAAUAACUAUCGCUGAUAAGAAACUAUGUAAUUAAAUAAUGCAACGACAAAAAUCUGUAUAGAAAAAAUAACGAAAAGCAAAUAAGUUUAAUGAGCACAAAAUUGCUGUGAGAAUCUCCG